AUGGAUGACGACAAGUACCCCAACCGGCCGCGCAACACCAAGUUCAAACAGCAAAAGCUGCCAGCUUGGAAGCCCGUGCUCACACCAAAGACUGUGCUUCCUAAUGUCCUGAUCAUCGGCAUCAUCUUCAUCGCCGUGGGCGCGGCACUUCUAGCUGGAUCCAACUCGGUCAAGGAGCAGGUCUGGGACUACACCGAAUGUGUCUCGACAACUGACCUCAAUGGGUCCGAAUACUUGCGCUGCACCUGCACCGUCAACGUUGAGCUGACCGAAGGCUUUGGCACUGACGAAACCUUCAUUUACUAUGGUCUUGAGGAAUUUUAUCAGAACCACCGUGCCUAUGUGCGCUCGCGCUGGGACGCUCAGUUGCGCUCUGUGACGGCCCAGGGCGCGUCUGAUUGCGACCCCUUGAACACAGCCCCCAACGGCAACUACUAUGCCCCUUGCGGUCUCGUCGCCAACAGCCUUUUCAACGAUCGUGAGACCAAGUUUCAAAACCCCCCGCACGCGGACGGCGACCUGUGUGGUUCAGAGGCCUUUGAUCCCACCCGCUCCGAGAAGUUGCCCAACUGGCCCGUUCCCGCCUGUCAGCUUGGCAGCAGUAUGGCCGAUGCGGCCACCUAUUUUGCGCAAAGCACAGAGUUCAACAGCUCGGGCCUUGGAUACGAAAACGAAGAUCUGAUCGUCUGGAUGCGCACUGCCGCGUUGCCUGACUUCCGCAAGCUCUACCGCCGCGUCGUUAACACUGAUUUGCAAGACGGUCAAUAUCAGAUUGACAUUGACUACAAUUUUCCUGUUCGCAAUUUUGAGGGCAAGAAGAAAGUGAUUCUCUCCACCAUCUCUUGGAGUGGUCCGUCAAGCCUCCCCUCUCGCUCGCCGCAGCCCCGUUGCCAAUGA